AUGGCUCGUACCAAAAUGACUGCAAGAAAAUGUGUUCAACAGAGAGGGGCAAAAAAAAAUAUAGCCAGCAAGGCAAGAAAGGGGGGAAAGCAUCCUCCAGGACAGCAUGUGGCUCAUGUGAAACCUCGACGUCGCUAUCGUCGAAAAGCUGGCACCACUGCUCUCCGUGAAAUCCGCCGUUAUCAGCGUGAUGUUGAGCUUCUUAUUCACAAGCUCCCAUUCCAGCGUCUUGUCCGUGAAAUUGCAGCAGAUAUAUAUGGUGAUCUUCGAUUUCAAGCAUCUGCAAUUCUGGCUUUGCAGGAGGCUGCAGAGGCGGUUUUGAUUGAUGAAUUCACAAGUAAGAAAUGA